GUGCAAGUGACAGUCAUCUAAAGAAAUAUCCCGCUGAUGAAAGGCUUAAGACACCACGUACACUUAUAUAGCCGUCAUUACAGGGACACGCUGGCGUAUAAAUCACACGCCACAUGUGUUUUUCUCGCUUGCUAUUGGUCAGAUUCCAGGUCCAUUGCUGUAUGUUGGCGCGCUUGUUGAAUAAUCCGAAGCAUACAGUCUGUGGUCCGUAGUUAAAAAUACAAUUAAAAUCGAAAACUCUUUUCAUAUCAGUGAAUACCGUGUCAUCUCCGAGGGACAUCGCUUCACCAGGAUGGAGAGUGGCAGCCGUCAAUUUCCAUUUCCUUACCAGCCCUAUACCAUCCAGGAGCAGUUUAUGCAGUCUCUGUAUUGUGCGCUUGAGCAGGGCAAAGUUGGCAUCUUUGAGAGUCCCACUGGAACGGGCAAGUCUCUGAGUUUGAUAUGUGGAGCUCUGAGCUGGUUAAGGGACUACGAGGAGAGAAAGAGACACGAAACAGCUGCUCUGCUGCAAGGAGGAGAAGCAUCCCUUUCCACUUCUUCCACUCUGCCCUCCGCUACUCCCCAGUCCUCGUCGACCUGCUCCUCAUCAGAGCCUGACUGGAUCACCGACUUUGUGCAGAAGAAGGCAGAGCGCGACAUGGUGUCCAAGCUAAAGGAUGAUGAAUUGAAAAGGAAGAAGAGGGAGGAAAAAUUGGAGAUGAUCAGAAAUAAUGUUCAACUGAAGUACGCAAUGAAAAGAAAGGGCUGUGAAGAUGAUGAGGCCUUCAAGUUGCUCCAGCUCAGUAAAGAGGAUCCAGCGGAGGCAUCAGGAGAUCCUGAGGAGGAGGAGCUUAUUAUUGCAGAUUAUGAAAGUGAUGAUGAAUCAAAGACCAAGAACAAAUUCUGUGUUGCCGAGGAUGAUGAAGAUGAUGACCUGGUUGAAGAACAUGUCACAAAGAUUUACUACUGCAGCCGGACUCACUCCCAGCUGGCCCAGUUUGUCCAUGAGGUUCAAAAGAGUCCCUUCAGCCAGGAGAUAAGCCUGGUCACACUGGGCUCACGGCAGAAUCUGUGUAUCAAUGAGGAGGUGCGCCGGCUGGGCAGCAUCCAGCGCAUUAACGAUCGCUGCUUGGAGUUGCAGAAGAACAAACAGGAGAAGCAGCAUCACGAGGAGGGGGUCAAACGUAAGAGGGGCCCCGCAAAGAGUGUGUGCCCAUAUCAUGGGGCUGCAGCGCUGCAGCAGCUGAGGGAUGAAGUGCUCGGCAAAGUCCAUGAUAUAGAGCGUCUGCUCACCCUGGGCAGGGAAACACACGCCUGUCCUUAUUACGCCACACGCUUCGCCGUUCCUCCUGCACAGCUGGUGGUGUUGCCCUACCAGAUGGUUCUUCAUGAAGCCACAAGACGGGCAGCAGGGGUCCAGCUGAAGGGACAGGUGCUGAUCAUAGAUGAAGCUCACAAUCUCAGUGACACACUCUCCUGUAUACACAGCACAGAGCUCUCAGGAGUGGAGCUGUGCCGUGCCCAUUCUCAGCUCACUCAGUAUUCUGAACGCUAUAAGAGCAGACUGAAGGCAAAGAACCUCAUGUACGUCAAACAGAUUCUGUUUGUGCUCGAGGGCCUUGUCCGGGCACUGGGAGGUAAGGUGGGACAGAAUCCACAGAGCCAGACUACACAACCAGGAACAGACCUGCUUACAAUUAACAACUUUCUCUUCAAGGCUCAAAUCGACAAUAUCAACCUGUUUAAGCUCCAGAGAUACUUUGAGAAGAGCAAGAUCAGCAGAAAACUGUGUGGCUUCAUGGAGAAGUAUGGAGGAACAGGUGUGACUCCACAUGUUCAGACCAGCUCUAACAAAGAGAACCGAUGCACUGACGGCUUAAACCGCUACCUGCAAACACUGCAGAGCAGCCAGAGCACCACUCCAGUUUCUUCAGCAGACCAGAAGGGGUCUGCAGAGUUGGAGAAGGUGGUGUCUGCAUCUCCCAUGAUGCACGUAGAGGGCUUCCUCAUGGCUCUGACCAACAGCAAUACUGAUGGCAGAGUGGUGGUGCACAGACAAGGCACUUUGGCGGACAGCAGUGUCAAGUUCCUGCUGUUGAAUCCAGCGGUCCACUUUGCCCAGGUGCUCAAGGAGUGCAGAGCAGUCAUCAUCGCUGGAGGAACCAUGCAGCCUGUUUCAGACUUCAAACAAGAGCUGUUGUUCUCCGCCGGGGUGGGAGAGGAGCGCAUCACCGAGUUUUCCUGUGGCCACGUAAUUCCUCCUGAGAACAUUCUUCCCAUCGUCCUGUGCAGCGGUCCAUCUGGUCAGGAAUUGGAUUUCACUUUCCAGAAUAGAGAUGCGCCGCACAUGAUGGAUGAGACAGGCCGCAUUCUCUCCAACAUUUGUAAUGUGGUGCCAGGCGGCGUCGUGUGCUUCUUCCCUUCUUACGAAUACUCAAGGCGGAUUAUUUCCCACUGGGAGGCCAGUGGAGCUCUUGCUCGACUGUCUAACAAAAAGAAGAUCUUUAUGGAGCCAAAAAAGGCCAGCCAGGUGGAGCAAGUGCUGAGUGAGUUCUCCCGUUGCAUCCAGAGAUGUGCUGUGGCUGGCGGUGGACUCUCGGGAGCGUUGCUGUUCUCUGUGGUUGGAGGAAAGAUGAGCGAGGGCAUCAAUUUCUCAGACGACCUCGGCAGGUGUGUAGUGAUGGUGGGGAUGCCAUAUCCCAAUAUCAAGUCUCCAGAGCUGCAGGAAAAGAUGUCUUAUCUGGACAAACACCUGCCUCACAGUGGAGGGAGAAGCCCCGGCCAAGCACUAAUAGAAAACCUCUGCAUGAAGGCUGUCAAUCAGUCCAUAGGAAGAGCUAUCCGUCACCGUGGUGACUACGCCGCCAUUGUGUUGUGUGACAGACGUUACUCUCGACCUUCUACUCUCUCCAAACUCCCAAACUGGAUCAAAGAUCAAACUAACACACACACAACUUUUGGCCCUGCUUUUGCUGCCCUGCGAAAGUUCUUCAUGGAUAAGAGACAGAAGCAGCCAUAGUUUGACUCCCAAAGUCCUCCGCUGACGUUAUUAAAGUUCAAAGGCCUGAGUUAGGAGAAGCUUUGGGAAAACUCCCAGGGGCAGCAGCUCAUCAGUUCAACAUCAGCAACAUCAGAAAUUGAUGUAAAAAAAAAAAAAAAAACAACUGGAUAAUAUUUAGGACAUCUGAAUGUUCACUACAAAGAUUUCCACUGCUGCUCAUUGCAGCAUCGUAAUGUUAUGGUCUAGUGUUUUUAAAUGUACUGUAUUUCCAC